AUGUCGAACGCAUCCUCUCCGAGGCAUGUGCCUCCUCCGGUAGCGACCGACUUCUCUAAUAGUCCACAUAUGGCUGCACCUGCGCAAGCCCACACUGCUUCCUCUCCCGGGCGCAACGCUCACUUCAAGCCUGUUCCUCUGCGAGCUGCAACCCGCCACAGCAUCGACUUGGACGACUACUUCCAAGGCCCGCGAGACAUUAAACAUCAUUCCAGAUGGCCAUAUCUGUUACGUCUGCACGGCUCCAUUCUGCCAAAGUUGAUAAUUCCCCUCAUGAUCGUAACAUGCUGGUCAAUACUCAUUACCUGCAUUUGCAAAUACGUCCAGCGCCUUGUGGUCGACCCGGUUCUUCUGACGGUCCUUGGUUUUGUGGUCGGUUUGGGUCUUUCUUUCCGUUCUUCGACCGCGUAUGAGCGUUAUGCCGAGGGCGCGAGGUAUUGGGCGACGCUACAAUUAUCCUCCCGCAACCUCGCCCGCAUGAUCUGGAUCCACUCCAACGAGCGUCACGAUCAAGAUGAAGAUCUUGGUAAGGCCGAUCUGCUCUCCAAGGUGACAGCUAUCAACCUCAUCAAUGGCUUCGCAAUAGCCCUGAAGCAUCGCCUCCGCUUCGAGGUUGCCCCCGACUACCCAGACUUGGCUCCAUACAUCGACAUCCUCACCACCAUGGCGGGCAACGCAGAUACUGCAUGCCUGCACCCCAAGCCCAGGACUAAAGCCAAGGCUACGGGCGAGUUCCUGGGUAUCACUUUUGCCGAAUCGAACCCACGCAAGCUUAUGAAGCAAUCGAGGGACAACCUGGGCAAUAUCCCGCACGAAAUUCUUGCGUACCUUCAGGCUUACACCGAGCACAUCUUCAGCGCUGGCACCCUCACCAACGGGCCCAUACAGUCCAGCAUCAUCACCCAACUUGGCAUUCUGGCGGAUGUUGCAACCGGCACUGAGCGGAUCGUCAAUCACCCCAUGCCUCUAGCUUACUCCAUCUCCAUUGCCCAAAUCACCUGGGUCUAUGUCAUGGUGCUCCCCUUCCAGCUCUACGAUCUUCUUGAAUGGAUCACGAUCCCGGGCACCAUCUUCGCGGCCUACAUCAUUCUCGGACUUGGGGCCAUUGGUGCCGAAAUCGAGAAUCCCUUUGGCAAUGACGUCAACGACCUACCCCUCGACCAAUACUGCCGCGAGCUCCAAGGCGACCUCGACGUCCUGACCAGCAUCUCCCGCACCGAACGCAGCUGGAACAUCGGCGCUGGGGCCGGCGCCGCCCAGUGGCUGUCACACCACCAGAAUAAGGUCCUGUGGCCGUUGAGCGCGAGCGGCUGGGACCACUGGGAGGAGAAGCCACUCGGCGAGAUCCGCGAGGCGUUGUGGGAGAAGGCCGUCAGCGCGGAUCGGAAGCGCAAGAGCAUGGCGUUGCACCGCGCGGAGGGCCAGAGGCAGGAGGCACAGAGGCAGGAGGAGAGGGAGAAGGGAGCCGCGUUGGAGAAGGUGCUGAGUCGGAGGAAGGUCAGUGACACCACCGAGGAGACGAGAGCGACUGGCCAUGACGCCGUCUAA